CAAUUAUUUUUAAAUUUGAUACCGUUGAUAGUCGCCAGCUAGUUGCCGUCACCGUCGAUUGACAUCAUGUGGCUUGCGGUGACCUUAGCUGCAUUAUGGUUUGCACAGGGUGACGGCGCCCGCGCACAUUACAACAAUAUGUCGGCGCACGAGUUCACCACGCCACCGGACGAGAUCGCUCCAAUGCUGCCGGACGACAGCCUGCAGGCAUCCACUGUCAUCGCCGGCCUCAUGCCCGACUCGUUCGGCGAAAUGUUCAACUUCUUAGACGGGGACAGUUUUGGAAUUGGUCCAAUGCACGAGUUCGUGUACGGCUGGCAGUCGAUAGUUAACACUAUGAGUAUGAAGAACAACGUGGAGGUCCGCAAGAGGGCGGGGCUGCAGCGCUUCGCCCUUGCCGGCAUUAACGGCAUCACCCUUAUAUCCCACAUCGGAGCCACUGAGAUCAUGAGCAAUGGAACUAGAACGUACUGUUUCGGCGGCGUGUCGCGGCCUCCGGGCAGGAGGAGCGUCAUUUGCAAGGGUGCAAUGUACCAAGAAGCCAGGUUCACGUGUAACGUGCCAUAUCUCCGAUACCCCACUGUGUUGGGGUACAGGUACUGCAUCGACAAAUACGCGGCAGUGAACUCAUUGGAUGGCACUUAUAAAACAACAUACUGCGCUCGUGGCGAGUCAGUGCCGAAGUUCCACUACGACUAUAUAUGCGAACGAAAAAAUAUAAAGAUAAAACGCAUUAAUCUAACGGACCCCAACGAACGGUUCAACAUCAGGAACCCGGUGGUCCGCAGGGCGGAGUAUUACAGAGCACCAUAUGAUCUAUUAAAAGCUUGUCCUGACUGGUACGGAUGUAACCUACGCAUAUCCCCCGAAAUGCUCCACCAGGAAUUACCUGCUGCUCUGAUGGAUGCCAAUGAAACAGCUUUUGUGGGACAUGGAGGGAAAUACUGGCUUGCUCUGUAUUAUACUCAGCUGUCGACGUACGCCAUAUACUUCCAAGCUCACGGUGAAUAUCCAUGGGAAUCUAACAGGCCGAUAGUUUCCAUUGACAAAGGUGGUAUUUGGGAGCAGCUACUGAAAGCUAACAUCGGGCCAGACAUGAAUCUGCAUUACAAUCUGAACGGCAUCUACAACCGAUAUCCAGGAGCUGCUGUGCCAGCUGACUUGAUGAGAAACGAGGGACAGGUGCAACCUGCCAACUUCAGAUCGGACAGUCGAGAUGGUGCACCUGAAGAUCUUAUCGUUGGCAACGCACACUUAUCAGCCGACGGUGCAGGUGGUGAUCCGAAUUCCGGUCCCUACAAAUUUAUACAUGAUUCACAGAUCCAAGCGAAUUUUGAACACGGGCAAAAUUUAUAAUAAAGUCACUAAAAAAAUAUACCUAUA